CUGAGGGAAGGGGACCGGGGGACUGAGGGACGGGGACCGCGGGACUGAGGGACGUGGAUGGGCCGGGGACGAGGGGAAGCGGCCAGGCCUGAGGGAAGUCCUAGGGAGGGGAAUGAGGUCGGAGAAGGGGAGCGGGCUGCGGGAAGGGGAAGGGGCAGAGCUUGAGGGGUCAGGUCGCGCGGUCCUGAGGGGGGCUGGGGAGGAGGGUCCGUGGUGUGAGGGGAGGAUGCCCGGGAUCUGGGAGGAAGGGGCCAGAGAGUUGAGGGGGGCGUCUAGCAUAGGAGAGGGGCCCUCCAGGAGGGGUGCAGGACCUUGGGGUCGGGAGGAAGGGGUGGGGGAGAGGCCGGGCCCCAAGUGUUCGGGAAGGGGGCCAAGGGCCCAGAGGGUCCCGGGAAGAGCGGGGAGCCCCGGGGAGGCGUCCAGGACUGGAGGGUUAGGGGGAGGGGGCGGAGAGCCUACAGGGUCUAGGGAAAGAGAGGAGCCCUACCGGAAGAAGAGGGUCCCGGACUCGGGAGGUCAAGGGGCGGAGGGCCGAGGGGGAGGGGCCGGGGUCUCGCGAAGGCCGGGCAGGCGGCUCCCUCCCAGCUCCCGGGCCCGCACCGACGUGGAGAUGUUGCAGCCAGACAGAAGCUCUCCCCAGUGGCUGGGAAUUCCUCAUUGGAUUACUGAAUUUUCAACAGACUUUUAUGUGGAAAGCCUCGGCAGGCCACACUGUGUCCAUCAACCGGGACGACGGGGGAGCCGACAACUGGGAGUACCGACCCUGAUUUCGUGAAUGACGUAAGUGAAAAAGAGCAGAGAUGGGGGGCCAAGGCCGUGCCAGGA